UUCAGAUUUAAUCAAUUUCAGUUCGGAUUCGGUAUUACUUUUCAGAUCGGAUUCGGUUCGGUUCUUCGGAUUCGGAUGUUUUGCCCACUCCUAUUUGAAAUAGUAGUAACACAAAUUGCUGCUAGAUUCAAUGUGAAAAUUUUCAAGAAAUUUAAACGAGAAAGAUGUAACAACGAACAUGGACUAAAAAUAAAGUAUCUAUGAUUACAACACAAAAAGACAGACAAAGGGGAGAAAAGUAUGAAAACGCCGAUCAUUGAAAGAUCUAUUCAGAAAGUUCAAAUAACAACAGCAAACACCAACCAAUUAAUUACAUUUUUUAAGUAUCGCAACCGCGACGUUCGUGAUGUGUCGAUAUGAAAAAGAAUUAUCGUGGUGACUAAGGUUAUAUUAAUAUAUAUCAUCACCAAUUAUAAAAAAAGGCGUUUGGCCUCAAAUUAUGUUCAGAAGAUUUGUAAACAAAGAGGCGAGAGCGUUUAACGAUGGAGAAAAACGCACUCUGGCUGCUGUGCAUUCUGGUGUUGCCGGUGAUAGCUUGUGGUAAUAAGGAGGAUGACCUGGUUACCGGUUUACCGGGUCAACCACCGGUUAACUUCAGACAUUACUCCGGGUACAUGAAUCUCGGGCCUCGACAGAAGCAGAAGUCACUUUUCUACUGGUUCUUCGAAGCUCAGCAAAACACCGCUCGCCGUCCUCUAGUCCUCUGGCUCAACGGAGGACCUGGUUGCUCAGCGAUCGCCACUGGUGCUGCACAAGAACUAGGCCCGUUUCUGGUCCAUACCAAAGGUGGCAACCUCACCUUCAAUGAAUUCUCUUGGAACAAAGAGGCCAAUAUCUUGUUCUUGGAAGCACCGGUAGGCGUUGGAUUUUCGUACAGUAAUAACUCAACUGAUCUUCAAAACCUAGGAGAUCAAGUUACUGCAGAGGAUUCUCUUGUGUUUUUGAUCAACUGGUUCAAGAAAUUCCCCGAGUUUCGUUCAAACGAGUUUUACAUCACCGGAGAGAGUUAUGCAGGUCACUAUGUUCCUCAGCUUGCGGAGGUCAUUCACGACAGGAACAAGAAGGUUACAAGAGAUUCUCGCAUCAAUCUCAAGGGAAUCAUGAUUGGAAACCCAGUGAUCAAUGAAGCGACCGACGCUGCAGGAAUAGUUGACUACGCGUGGAGCCACGCCUUAAUAUCGGACGAGGUUCAUAAACUCAUUCACGACUCGUGCCGGUUUGGAGAUAAACUAACGGCACAAUGCAACAAAAGUUUCACAGGGUUUACAGCUUACGCUGCGAUCAAUAUAUACAGCAUCUACACUCCCGUUUGCCUCUCCUCCUCGCCAUCUUCUAAAAACCAUACGCGUGUUAUGUCUGAUCAUAAUCUCCUCACUUCACAAGAUAUCUGGGGUAGGUUACCUUACGCGUACGACCCGUGCACACCACACUAUGCCGAGAAAUAUUUCAAUAGGAAAGAUGUGCAGGUCGCACUUCACGCAAACGUCACAAACAUACCUUACCCGUACACAGCUUGCAGUUCGGUGAUAAAAUGGACUGAAGCUCCGACCACGGUGAUUCCCAUCAUCCAAAAGCUCUUGAAGGGUGGCCUCCGCAUUUGGCUCUAUAGGACUGGUUCUUUUGGUUAUAGCGGAGAUACGGAUGGGAGACUUCCAGUAACAUCUACGCGCUAUAGCUUAAGGAAGAUGAGACUUAAGGUGGAGUCACCAUGGAGGUCAUGGUUCCACAAGAGUGAAGUGGCUGGCUGGGUUGAGACUUACGCAGGAGGACUAACUUUUGUCACCGUGAGAGGCGCUGGUCAUCAGGUUCCGCUCUUUGCUCCGGCGCAAUCCCUCACCUUAUUCUCACACUUUCUCGCUUCCCUCCCAUUGCCUUCUUCUCGUUUCUAAUCGGCACCACAAAUGAUCAAGUCAUUGCAUGUUUCUAUGGAAAAGUCAAGAUCUCAGUGUGUCUUUUGUUUUUUUUUUGGCUUGUUUUGCGAUUAUCAUGUUAGCUGUGUGGUGAGAAUAAUGUAAUACUCUUCCUAGAGUCCAAUGUAUAUAUGAAUGUGAGAUAAAUGGAAUAAAACAUAGGAAAAGCUUUGAACGUCUC